GAGCUCUCUGUCUCGCGCUCGCGUCUGAACUCCCGUGUGCGAGGCGCGCGCUAGCCAUCCUCCCACCCACACCGCGCCACCGUCAAGCGUCUCCACGAGCAUCAGCAACACCAAAAGAAACGGAUUCAGCAAUCAUGCGGACGCGCGUUGAAUACGCUAGUCCACCCCGCGCCUCCCUUCCCGAACCAAGUCCUUAAAUGACCCACGGCCACUAAGGAGCUCGCGCUUUCCCCGUCCGGAUCAUGGCAUGCGCCCCAUCCCGGACUUCCACACGCGCGGCGCCGAGGUUCGAGAGCAGUGAACAUGGGGAUCAGGUCCAGAAAUGCCGCUAGCGGCGCCGAGGACUCCCGCGAACGGAAGAGCGGGCUGGCCGGAGAGCUGGAGCAAUGCGCGGUGCAGGAGCGGGACGGCGCGCUGCUGCUCGUCGGCUCGGCCAGGGAAGCGGACUUUAAACGGGGCUCGCAGAACAUCGGUCUGCUCGCCAAGACGCCCCUGGGCUACACUCGUCCCGUAAAGAGGAAUAACAUCAGGAAGCGGCGGAUCCAGAACCUCAUCUAUGAUGCGCUCGAGAGACCGAGAGGAUUGGCGCUGCUCUAUCACGCGUUUGUGUUUCUGAUCGUUUUAGGAUGUCUCAUUUUAUCGAUUUUAUCAACGUUUAAAGAACACGAGAAAGACUCUGCUUAUGGGCUGUUCAUUCUGGAAGCAUCUACUAUCGUUAUUUUUGGGGGAGAGUACGCAUUGAGGAUAUGGGCCGCUGGCUGCUGCUGUCGAUAUAAGGGCUGGAGAGGGCGACUCAAAUUUGCACGCAAACCCCUGUGUGUCCUGGAUAUCUUUGUGUUGAUCGCUUCGGUACCUGUGGUUGUAACCAGUAACCAGGGAAAUGUGUUGGCCACGUCGCUGCGCAGUUUGCGUUUCCUGCAGAUUCUUCGGAUGCUACGGAUGGACCGCCGUGGAGGAACCUGGAAACUGCUGGGAUCUGCAAUAUACACACACAGCAAGGAGCUGAUCACAGCAUGGUACAUCGGUUUCCUGUCAUUGAUCUUGGCUUCCUUUCUGGUCUACCUGGUUGAGAAAGAUGACAACUCCCCAGAUCUCCCAGAUUUCGAUGGCGAGUCCCCAACAUCAACCCCACAGGACUUUGACACCUAUGCAGACGCCCUCUGGUGGGGACUGAUCACCUUGACAACCAUUGGUUAUGGUGACAAGACCCCAAAGACGUGGGCUGGGCGUCUUCUGGCCGGGACCUUUGCUCUUAUUGGUGUGUCGUUUUUUGCUCUUCCAGCUGGUAUUCUAGGUUCUGGGCUUGCUUUGAAAGUUCAGGAACAGCACAGACAGAAACACUUUGAAAAACGUAGACAUCCUGCGGCUUCAUUAAUACAGGCUGCAUGGAGAUAUUAUGCCACUAAUCCAAUCAGAGAAGACCUCAUAGCUACAUGGAGGUUCUACGAGACUGUGAUAUCUCUGCCAUGCUUCAGGAAGGAUCCUCUUGAGGUGAUGGCAAGCCAGAAAUUGAGUUUGUUGGAUCGCGUGCGCUUGUCGACUCCGAGAUCGUCAAACGUGAGGGCGCGCGUGAUGAUGCCCGCUGCGAAUCCUGAGAAUGUGUCUGGGAACUGCGGGCCGGCGGAGACCGCCGAGGAAAGUCCAUCAAAAGAGGGAAAACCAGCGGGGUUCAGUAACAGAGAGAGAUUUCGAACAGCUUUCAGAAUGAAGGCCUACACCAUGAGACAAAGCUCUGAGGAUACAGGUGCUCUGCCUGACCCCACCCCGGAGGAGAAGGGCUUCCCGCCUGAUAUACUGAUGGAGGAAAUGAUACCAACUCUCAAAUUAGUAAUAAGAGCAGUGAGGAUUAUAACGUUCCUGUUAACUAAGAAGCAUUUUAAGGAGACCCUGAGGCCAUACGAUGUGAAGGAUGUCAUUGAACAAUACUCUGCGGGACAUCUGGACAUGCUUACCAGAAUCAAAUAUCUACAGACACGAAUAGAUCUGAUUCUGACACCUGGACCAUCUCUCACUCCAAAACACAAGAAACCCCAGAAAGCACCAUUUCCAUACUCCACCCAACAGUCACCAAGACAUGAGUCCUAUCUUGCCAAAGCAGGCCUUCCAGAUGCCGAAGACCAAAGCAUGAUGGGUCGAUUUGUGCGUGUUGAAAGACAGGUGGAAGACAUGGAAAAGAAACUGGAUUUCCUGGUGGAUAUGCAUAUGCAACAUGACUUUACAGGCCCCGCCCACAUGACCAUGGAGCGCUGCGACCCCACUUUGACUGUCAGUGUUGCAGGAGACUGCGUUUACUGCAGCUACGCCCCACCGAUACACAACACACCAUAUUACUCGCACUCGAACGCACACCCCCAGAGACCCACGGUCCUGCCUAUUAGCCCACUGCCAAGCCACUCCCCAUCCUCUAACGUCAGCCAAUCGGGGGGCCAGAGGGUGGGCACCCCGCUAUCCCUCCUGUCAGUCACUCACGAAGAGCUUGAACGUUCGCCCAGCGGGUUCAGCAUCUCCGCAGAGAGAGAGGAUGUCACGGGCAAAACCUCCGGGUUACCGGGAGGGUCAAGCUGGGGUCGUGACCGCCGUUAUUUGGCUGAGGGGGAAACGGAUACGGACACUGAUCCCUUUACCCCCAGCGGACCUGUGCCGGCCUCGUCCACCGGAGACGGGUUCCACUCCGAUGGAGUGUGGGGAACCCCACCUUAAAGACUCGCACACACACUUUCUUUAUAAAGACUGCAGACUUUGUACAGCAAAAGACGACACGUAAUUACACACGCACGGACAUUACUACUCAUCGUAUCUAAAUAUGUAUUCACUUCACGCUUUACCCCUGCGAAGCAAAAGAGCACUGCAUGGAAUGCAUGCGUUUUAUCUCUAGUGAUAGAUGCUGCCCUCGGCAGACCGAGAUGUGUGAUUGAUUAUACUUGACUGGAAACUUUUAGAAAGGAGAGAAACAACCAAUGCUAUGCCAUUUUUGUAAACAUU